AUGCCCCAGCAGGCUCCCCAUCACACAUCUGACAGCGAAUCAGACUCAUUGGAUUAUUUUGAUGAAUCGGACUCUGGGUCUGCAGCAGGAGGUUCAGGGAGCUCGUUGACUCAGCCAUCGGUCUCCAACACGCGACAAAGGCCACAACAGGAUGGGGAUAUGGAGAUCAUUCGGCGCUUGCAACUCGAAAACCAAAUGCUCAAGAAUAACAAUCGUACUUUGGGCGAGAAGAACAAGACAUUAUCGUCCAAUCAACAUCGACGUUCAAAAACCAAUGUUCCGGACGAGCUAAAGGCUUUUGAUGUUGAGCUUGGGACUUUUUCCCGCAAGUAUGGCAUUGUUGCGGAGAUGUUUCCACCUGUGCACCACAUUCUCAAAUUACCUGUGCCAAAUCCUCCACCCACCAUCCUAUCUGGGAGUCGCUAUGCGAGCAAGAGUGCAGAAGAAGUUUGUCUUGUAACUGAACUAUACUCGCUUCUCCCAGGUCAUCUCCAUCGCUUUGUACCAACUACUCAUUUCCAAUCUUUGCUGGAACACCAUCUUCAAGGGGGUCGCUCCAGUGAGAUUGGCAAGCUUUUUGUGAAACGGGACACAAUCCCAGAAAUACAGAAGAUGCUUGGUCGCUCUCCAUCAUCAAAGUUCCCGCCUGUCCUUUUUACGAGACAAGAAAUGGACCCCACAAUGUCCACAGUUUUUGGUAACUGGGAACCGCUCGCAAAGGCGAUUAGAAUUGUGAUGUUCGGAAAAAAUUCACUGGACAUCAUUGGGUGGCCACGCGCCAAGUGUAACACUCGAAAAUGGGGCAUGACAUCGUGUACUCCCGGUCUUCUUGCCUGGGGCUGGGUCGCCUUGAUCUUCAUUCUGUCCACAGAUCCCUCAUUUACUAAAGACAGAGUUGGCACAAAAUCUCGACUACCAUACACAGCCAUGUUCACGGCCUACAAACAACUGUGGGUAACACUUUGGGAGGAACCUCGUAUUAUCUCAAUCUGGCAAAAAAUCAAUAGCCACGUCUGGCAAUCGUCAUCAACCGCCAAUGUCACAACUUCAGAUGCCGAAGGCAACGAUCUCACACCUGAUUUAAUGUGCCUGGCUCUCGCCAAUGCAGGCCGCACAGAUUCAGAUGUUCCGACUACCAAUGUAGAUUUCACACCUCCCAUAACCCACAGUUCAACAAUGUUUCAGGCCGCACCAGCUGCCCCUCCCACUGUACGAGCACCCCUUCCCGUUGCACCAGCACCCCUUCCUGCUGCACCAGUGCCCCUUCCCGCAGCACCAGCUGAAACCAUCAUCACACCAGUUCCCGCUGUGACUUCUGAAUCUACAACACUCGGACUACCUGCUGUCACGCCUGCAGUCACUGUCACCACAGCCACCAAAUUCCCAUCCAUUGUGCCUGCUGCUGUUGCCAUCCCCACCGGGGAGGUUCUGCCACAAGCUGUAGCUUCUCAAUCAUCCUCUGGUCGACGAGGCCGAGGAAAGAAGGCUGGGGUACUCGCACCUAUAUCAUCAUCAGGGGAUCCAGAUGCAUUGACAGAAGGGCAGCGACAUGGCCGGCCAACAAGGAGUCGCAAAAAGUAG